GAAGCAUAUUUAUCAAAAGACGAAAUAUCAGUCUUCAAGACUGCUAACGAAAUUUCAUUAGGGAACACGAGUUGGAUAAUCAAGCAACAUCUUCGUCCGCCUAAAUUAAACACACUGUUUGCCGUAACAUGCCAUAAUACGAACCCUGGUCAAGAAAUUUAAACCACAGUUUAACUUCGAUCCGAUCUUGGGAAAAGAGAAAAAUCUGAAUAAGAGGAACAAAAGAGGACUAUCUGUACUUAAAAAUGUGGGAUUUCAAGCAUUCUUUGUGGUUUGCUUACUUGAUUUGCAUCACUGGUGGGAUAUAUGGCCAUCAACGACCGAACUGCGAAUAUCGAUCGAGAGAGAAGGUACUCGUUUGCAAGGAAAUAAUCGAUCCGGAACGGAUCGCCCAGAACAUUUCUAAAUCAACAGAGCGGAUAGUUUUCACGUCAGAUUCUUUGGCUUGUGACUGCUCUUUGAAAACGUUGUUGGAAUGGAAGGAAGAAUUAUCAUCGGCAAGAAAUGUUGCCCUAGAAGGUAUUUGUUCUUCUCCAAAGUACCCCUUGGGACGAUCCAUAGGCAGCCUCUCCUCCACAGACAUUUCAUUGGGUGCUGAUGAUGCUUUGCUUAUACGCAAGAGACGAGCUGCUGGCGAAGGCCAACAACCGAAUGCAAACAAAACUUAUAUACCAGAUGCACCCUUAUGGCCGUGUGACUUUGAAGAAGGAUUUUGCCAGUGGUUUCAGUCACAUAAUGGUGAUUUUCAUUGGAGAAGAUACAAAGGCGGGACACCUUCCAUGAAUACUGGCCCAACUACGGAUCAUACCAAAGGAAAUGCUGAUGGAUAUUAUAUCUACAUUGAAACGUCUCUGCCUCGACGGCGUCAUCACAAGGCGAGACUAGUUAGCCCAACGUUGGCCCCCGUGAAUCCGAAUACCACUUGCCAGCUGGAUUUGUUUAUCCACAUGAAAGGACGUCACAUAGGUGCACUCAACAUCUAUCAACAACCAGUCGUAGGUUUUCCCGUCAAGAAACUGUCACUCACAACAAACCAAGGUCCCGACUGGUUUAAACGGCAAGUUCAGUUCGACAGUGACACGGAAUUUCAGGUCAUAAUUGAAGGUGUACGUGGCGCUCUAUACCAGGGAGACAUCGCACUGGACGAUAUUUCAUUUACAGCUGGCUGUGAAAGACUAGCGCCGUCCUAUGUGCGUCUCGUUAAUGGUUCAACAUUCAAUGAGGGCGCGGUAGAGGUAUAUCACCAAGACCUAUGGCAACCAGUUUGCAGUGACGGUUGGAGCCAAUCAGAGUCCUUCGUUGCUUGCAGAGAACUGGGAUUCGAAAAUGCAUCAACAGAAGGUACACCGCUGAUCGGCAUGUUCGCUGGACUCUCCAACGUUAGUUGUAAAGGCGAUGAGACUUCAAUCAAAGAUUGUUCUCUUAGAGAGAGUUCUAAGAACGUAACUUGUCCUAGAAACAGCACAGUUACAAUUCAAUGUGCAGGUAUCCUUCCUGUAUGUCCCUUAAAAACCCACUUCCAUUGUCCGGUGGAUGGCAGCGGUAACAAAGCGUGUAUUUCUCGGGCUCAACUAUGCGACUUUACUAAUGACUGCUGGGAUGGCUCUGAUGAAAUUAACUGCCAAAAUUACACGCGUUGUGAUUUCAACGACACAAACAUCUGCGGCUGGCUUCAGGCUAAAAACGACCACAUGAACUGGACACGGCACAAAGGCAAUACACCAUCCAUCUUCACAGGUCCAUCAGCUGAUCAUAACGGCAAUGCCAAUGGAUAUUAUUUAUACAUGGAGGUGUCCGGUCGACAGGGUGGUGAAAAAGCCAGAAUACUCGUCACUCCGCGUUUUCGAGGCGAUAACAAUGGUCUUUGCAAGCUUCGCUUUCACUAUCAUUUGUAUGGAAUCGGGAUUGGUACUCUCCGUGUGCAAGCCGCUGACCGGUACUCUCAGAGGACGCUGUGGACGAAGUCUUAUUCGCAACUUGACGAUUGGAGCCGCGCUGAAGUGCCUUUGUUUAACAUGUCAUCCUCGUUUUAUGUUAUAUUUGAAGGCGAGCACAGUGGAUUCAGUCCGCACGGGGACAUAACGAUUGAUGAUAUCUCGUUCACACCGGAAUGCCGAGCUGCGCCCCACGAAAACGUCACCUGCAAGGAUGGAACCUUACAGUGUGGAAGUGGCGAAUGUAUUCCUUUGUCCAAACAGUGUGAUUUUGCCGAUGACUGUUUUGACGGCUCGGACGAGUUAAACUGCGGUCUUCAAACACCCGGCCGGUGUGACUUUGAGGUCGACAUGUGUCACUGGCAAAACUUGACAGAUGAUGAUUUUGACUGGGAGAGACACACGGGAAGCACAGCAAGCUUUAACACUGGACCCUCUUACGAUCACACUAAGGGCUACCGAGGGGCUGGUCAUUACCUAUACAUAGAAGCAUCGAGUCCUCGAGCGCGAGGGCAUAUAGCAAGGGUCAUCAGUCCGCAGUUUAUGUGGCAGAAUGUGGCUGGAUGCACGCUUCGCUUUUAUUAUCACAUGAGAGGAUUGUGGGGAUUUAGAACCGUGGGAACACUGAGAGUCAUUUUGAGGAACACAAUCACUGGUGAUGAAACAUCUCCCUUGUGGCAAAAAUCUGGUAACCAAGGAAACCAGUGGCUCCGUGCAGACGUCAACAUAAAUACAAACUGGACAGUAUCUCAGGUUAUCAUUGAAGCUGAGAGAGGCUACACAUUCCACGGUGAUAUUUCUAUUGAUGAUAUAUCCUUCUCGCCCCAGUGCUACCCGUCCGAAGUCGUACACCUAUACAAGAAUUAUGACGUCCGUCUAACGGAUGGAAAAGCUGGCUCGUUCGAGGGACGCGUAGAGAUAUACCGUGUAGGUACCUGGGGCACAAUCUGUGAUGAUGGCUGGGGCCACGAUGAUGCCGAAGUCGUUUGCAAACAACUGGGGUACGGAGGAGCUAAAUACAUCCGUGCAGGUUCGCAUUUUGGCGAAGGAAGGGGUAUUAUUUGGUUGGAUGAUCUCGCUUGUUUUGGGAACGAGACAAGCCUCGGACGGUGUGCUCACAACGGUUGGGGGAGUCACGAUUGUACUCACUCACAAGAUGCUGGUGUCAUCUGCGAUAAAGAUAGCGGUAGUACAAAAUCAUUAAGGCUACAGGACAGUAACACUACCAACAGUGGACGAGUAGAAAUAUAUCGCGGUGGCUCAUGGGAACCGAUUUGCUACGAUGGCUGGGAUAUCCAUGAUGCCUUUGUGGCGUGUAGACAGCUCGGUUUUCCUGGGGCCGAAAGCAUCACUUCUGAACCCGUGGGAAGCGUCACUCGCUCACUGAAAAAAGUGCAAUGUCGAGGAAAUGAAGAUACUUUGGGAGACUGUGCCAAUAAUGGUUGGAACGAGGGAAAUUGUAACUAUGGGUUUGCUGGCGUGAUUUGUUCUGAGAGAGGAACAGCGGAAGGAAAUAUCCGACUCCGAGGCGGCAGCUCCGAGAGGGAGGGUCGUGUGGAAGUGUUUCACAGAGGAGAAUGGGGCACAGUUUGUGAUGACGCCUGGACAGAAGCAAAUUCGCGAGUCGUCUGCUAUGAGCUUGGUUUCACAAGCGUGAGGAAGGUUUAUCAGAGUUUUGGUCCCGGUAGUGGACGGGUGUGGCUGGACAGGGUCAACUGUCGUGGAAACGAGAGCGCUCUCGUCAAGUGUGGUAAUUCGGGAUGGGGAGUCACUUCUUGUAGGCACUCAGAAGAUGUUGGUGUUAUAUGCUCAGACGAAGCCUAUAUUGGUUGCUACAAAGAUACACAGAAUCAUGUUAUGAGCCAUCAACUUACAUCUUCAGAUAUGACUCCGGUAAAGUGCAUACGUCGUUGUCAAAGCAAGGGCUUCAUGUACGCAGGAUUAGAGUGGGCUAAUGAAUGCUACUGUGGAAAUCACUUUGACAGAUACGGUAAUGCUACUUCAUGCCAAUUACCAUGUCUUGGUGACCCCAGUAAAGUCUGUGGAGGGACCUGGGCACUAUCUGUUUAUCAUACAGAUCCAGCGAUAGUACCAACCCAAAUUCCAGGUUACAGCCCUGUCACACAGAGCUGUACAAGACGUAUAUUUUGGCAAAUUCCUGAUAAGUUCUACGCUGGAGAUCAUAGCAAGGGUUGGAUAUCAUCGCCAGCCUUCCCGAACAAAUACUACCAUAAUACUGUUUGCAUCUGGGUUCUAAACUUACAGUCUGGCACACAAGCGAAGGUCACUUUUAAAUAUUUUCAGACAGAACAAAAUUACGACAGUGUUGAAAUAAGGGACGGCGACAAAGACUAUUCAGAGCUCCUUACCCCGGCAAACGGAUUCAGCGGAAAUGUUACCCAUUCAGUAACUGCCUCAGGCAAUGUGAUGUGGAUUAAAUUUAACGCUGAUUACUCUGUAAACUAUAAAGGUUUUAACCUUACAUACGAAGCUGUUGGUGGACCCACAGUUAUUCCAACGACCUCAUCGAUGAGCACAACUAUUCCGCCCUCACAACUACCACUUUAUCAAAUGGUGGAGGGAGGAUGUAACGGUAUAUCACACCGUGUGAACACAACAUUUGGGUACUUGGACAAGUAUCACAGCAGUGGGUUUGUUCAAAGUCCAAACUAUCCCUCAAACUAUGACAACAAUCUGCUCUGCCGCUGGCUUAUACGAGUUGCCCCUGGUUACCGAAUACACUUGACAGUAUCGAAAGAGGACGUCGAUCAUGAAGCUCAUGUAGGUGGACUGGGCGACGAACUGCGCGUGGAGGACGAAACGUCAGUCAGGAGUUCUAGCGAUUCCUCGGUACCUUGGUCAUUUUUGUCAAAAGGAUCUCUUGUACGUUUGGUGUUCGUGACUGACUCAGCGAACACUGGAAAAGGAUUUUAUCUCAGAUAUAUAAGAGUUAAUAUUAGUGAUGAGAGCGUGACUACGCACAUGCCGCCAACGACCAGCCAGACGACCUCGACAGUUCCUUUAACUGAAACAGAGCCGCCUGCGACACGUGAAGAGAACACUCCAGAGAAGCAAAAAGACUCUCGCCAGGAUGCCAUGAGUGGCGGCACCAUUGCUUCCAUCGUUGUUCCCGUUUUGCUGGUGAUCUUAGUGGUGAUUAUUAUCAUACUGAUACUGGUUCGUUUAAAAAAGAAGAAGAGACAAAAUCAAGGAGUUCGUCACGGGUUUUGUAACGAAUCGUACGGCGAUGGGGAAUCAAUCCGCAUGCAGGCGUCCCCGAGAACACGAGAAACCUCCCAAGCAGUAACUGCCAAUCAGAACCAAACUCCAGCACUCGCCUUACCUGCCCAGGAACCCACUGCUUACUUUACAGCUGCACCUCCUCCAUACAGUCAAACAGCUUCCGGGGACUAUUUCGUACCUUUCGCUGCUCCUUACGGAGGAGGAAUAGCCCCAGUAGGAAUCGAGAACCCCGGUUACGCUCAGCUGUACUCAGCUCCUCCUGCUUACGAGGCCUCCGUACGGCAGGCAGCCAACUCUACAACAGCAACGGGAAUUGGGUCGGUGACAAGUCUGAGGGAGGCCGCAAAAGAUGAUGGAGCCCUAGUGUUAAAUGGUCUUGCUGCUCCUGGCGCAGUUUAUGCUCCACUUUCCAGAGCAGUCCUUCCUCCCAUACGGGGCACUCAACCGACAGGUGAUCCUGUAAAGAAACAGGCUCCCGAAGAGGAAGAAGCCGGCCCCCUGCCUGAAAAACCUCCGCUGACCGUUGAACAUCUUCCUGAGCCGUCGGCUCCCCCCAGGCCUCCAUCGGCUACCUCCCAAGUCCGGCUAGUGAGUCCUGCGUCUCCACCGGAAGCGGCAAUGGAAUUUGACACCGAAGUACCCUUCGAAUUCCUUUGUCCAAUCACAAAUAAGAUCAUGUCAGAUCCCGUAAAAGCAUCUGAUGGUUACAAUUACGAGCGCAAAGCUAUUCGUCGUUGGUUCCGAAAGAAGCGAAGUAGUCCGAUGACUAACGAGACCUUGACGGAUUUUGAAGUUCGGUCCAACGCUGAGCUACGAAGCCAAAUCGAACGUUUUGUGGCAAAUCAUUCUGUUGUGUGACACUGUGUUGAGUUUUAGCUUGCAGAAUAGGCGGGUUGAGUGUAUAUAGAGUUUUUCUCAGUCGGCCUUUUUUUUUUUUUUUUUUAAUUUUGCUCAAGGUUUGUUUAGUCAUAAAUUUGUGUCCAACGCACGCUGACCGGUCAGCGUUGAAUAUUCAGAUUGGUCCUCCCGAUCGAUUAGAUAAAAGAUUACGUACUCCUUAACAGCCUUCAUUGCCUUUCAGUGGCUGGUAACAUCAUAAUAACCGUCACAAAGUGAACGUCAGUGUAUAUUUAGCGUGGUGAAGACUACUGAAAACAAUCGCAAAUUGAAAACAUUUUUUUCGCUUCAGUUUCCGAAACGGCCCGUCUCGGUAGAUGAAGAAUGCCACAGAGACAUGCAUUAUCCGCUCAGCAUAGUCGCUUUCUUAAAAUAAGAUAUAAAUACGCACUCAAAACUCCAUUGCUCUAUUGACGCUAAGUAAGUAAAUAAAGUUUUUUCUCGUAUUUGUUGUUUAUGAAUACAGUGUAUAUGUGUUCGUCAUGAAUAUUUUCUCUUGUGUUACUGAAAGAGGCCAAUAGCUGUUUGGUCCCCAGUUUUAUAGGAUAUAAAACAGAGUAGUUAUUUGGUGGACUGGGGAAGAGCAAGCUUUGUAAGAUGAAUGGCGUGUUGAUAAUCUAAAGGCCGUUGGAAUGUCGGCAAAAUGUCUUUAUUGAUAAAUGAAUGGUAGGUUGUUGCUAGUGGUAACAAUUAUUCACGAGACUCACCUGAGCAAGCAGUCUGUUUUGGGACGUCAUGAGAAACGACUGAGAAAAAUAUGUGCCCCUUACUAAAUUUGAUCAGCUCUAUUUUAUUGGUAUCUUAAUAUUGGAAUGAUCUUAAGAAUGACUUCGAGUUUUGGUAGCAUUUCCUAAUCUUGUCAACGUGUAUUAAUUUAUUUUUCCGAAUGAGCCAUAACCUACAGUUGUGUAAAGUUGUGUAGAGUUUAGAAAUGAAGUGUUUUAGAAUAUUUGUGAAGAAACUUUAAGUUUUACGCGUGUUUCGUUUCAUUUGUUUGGCCUAAAGGCAUUUUGUAACAAGCUAUAUAUAAGAAAUAUCUUGCCUGUGUAAUUUUAUAAAAGAUUUCUUAAAAUGACUC